AACUGCGCCAGACUCUGAUGGACCUGCUGAACCAGGGUGGGCCUGCGUGUCACCUGGAGCAGAGCCACCAAAAACACCAUGCAGAGUGGUGCAAGCAGGUCCAGAACCUCCUCCUCCAGCUGGGCCUAGAGCACCACUCUGAUGGAGACGAGGAGGAGGAGAUGGACUCCAGUGUUGAGCUGCGUGAGGAGGAAGUGGAUGUCUUAUCAGAGUCAGUGGCAGAACUGUCCUUCCUCGGUUCUGGGCCGGCCUUUCCACCAGUGCUACAGGAACAUCACCUGAACACCGCCGCCCCUGUGGAUGAUCCUGAAGCGAGCCCUGUAUGCCAUGAAACCAAAGCUGAAGACACUGGGAGAGCACAGGAGCAGAAGGCAAGCAAAGUGCUCGGAUUUGCAAUGGAGCUUCAGGCCCAAAUGUGGACACACUUAUGGACAACGUUCCACAAAUGGAGGGACACCAUCCUCUUCCUCCGCUGCAGCAUUAGGGGCCUGCUGUCCCAGAAGAACCCUGUGAGAUGUAAGGGGCAGAGCCACCAGCUCCAUGAGGAGUGGCGCAUGACGGCCACGCGCCUCGCCCUCCACCUCUGCCCGGCUCCCUGCCUGGCAGCCUGUCCCCAAGGGCUUCCCAGAGGACCCUUCAGCCACCAGCAGUCCGAGGAGCCCAGGGGCUCGUGCAUCCCCGGGAAGCUCUGUGUGGGAGCCCAGCUGGGUCAGCGCCCUGAGCAUGGAUCUGACACAGCGGCCGUGAGCCUUUCCCCCUCCGCCCCCCGCAUGGUCGCAGCCCACAGCGAUGCUGGAAAGCAGUGGCUGCUCUCGCCAGGUAGGAAGGAAAUGUCAGAGGCUCCCGGCUGUGUGUGCAUUGCCAGGACGCUGUGUGGGGAGGAGACAGGGCCCCUGCGCUCUCUCAGGGCCACACCGAAACAUGAGGUUCUCUAGUAGCCUGAGAUGAGCCCUUGGGAGCCUGGCAUGCAGCCAGCCUCAGGCCCCGGCCUGCAAGUCACUGCAUCUCCCUCGCCAGGAGUGCGCUUUUGUGCAUAUUGACACUCAGUUCUGGAUCGGAGGACAUAAAACACAAGCUCCAUCAAGUGGCCUAGCGCUUGGACACACCUGACCCGCACUGACAUUUUAUGCUGUCUUUCAU